AUGAAGUACAAGCAGAAUGAGUGGAUGGAGAUUCACGGCAAGACUGACGAAGGACAUAUGAGUCUCCAUACUGUGAAUUUUGACAUUGAUUGGAAUGUCACGGGACUUGAAGUCUCCCAUUCCUAUAGUUGCACUCUGUCUUCGUCUGGAACUCUCUCUCCCAAAUAUGUCAAUGGCAUUGAUGGACAAAAGAGAUUUAUGUUGGAAGACGAUAUUUCAGUUUCUCUUCUCGUUGAUGAAGAUUGUGAAAUCCCGAAAUUCAACAUCCGCUUUCCAAGUGGAAUCAAGAAUCCAAAAAUCAUUCCAUUUGAUAAAUGGAAGGAAGACUAUUUCGUGAACUACAACCGCAGGAAAAAGGAUAUCCGAGAUAAAAUCCAUUCGUUGAAAAUCACGGGUUGUUCGGUCAAUCGCAAUGGGUUCAUAGACCACAUUCUGUCAGACGAGGAAUCUGAAGUAUCGUAUGGUUGCUUUGGACGAAAUGUGUUCAAAGACCAAUGUAUCCACAUAAAGGACAUUCUAAUCUUCACCUAUGGGAUGUGUAGAAGCGACAUCUGCGACGAGUGGGCACUUAAACGAAAGGAGAAAACGAUGCAGAUUUACGGAUGGCGAGUCUACGAGAUUGAGGAAGUUGAAGGCGAGAAGAACGCGGAUUGGCUCAUUAUGUACAAUGUCUACAAUCAGUUCAAGACACCAGAAGAGGCAUAUAACGAUAUGUUCAAGUCUUGGGAGAAGUUCAAGAAGUGUCCCAACUAUGAUGAAAACAAGGGAUAUAAAUUCACGAUUCUUCCCAUUGACAAGCGAAACGAAUUGUGA